GAUGAGCUCAUGGAAGGCUACAAGAAGGGUGUGAGGCCAGUGCAUAACUGGAGGCAGACAACCACUGUCUUCAUAGAUGUCAUAGUGUAUGCCAUCCUAGGAGUGGAUGAGAAGAACCAAGUUCUCACAACAUACUUAUGGUAUAGACAGUUUUGGCUGGAUGAGUUUCUCACUUGGGACCCCAAGGAGUAUGAAAAUGUGUCUCAAAUAUCCAUUCCCACUGAGAAGAUCUGGGUCCCAGACAUUCUAAUCAAUGAGUUUGUGGAUGUUGGAAAAUCCCCAGAUAUCCCUUAUGUCUAU